AACUGUAUUGAUUUUUGGUUUCAGAUUUGCUAAACCAAACUUUGUAUAGUAUAUCAGACUAACACACAUGCUUUGGAUAUAAAAACUUUUGUAACCUCACUAAAGCGUCUGACCAUUUACUUGCGUUACUCAGUGGUGUAAGAGACCUAGUUUCAUUUCUAUGCAUAGAGACACUGUUUCUAUGCAUAGCUAAGUCUAUCUCAUUUAGGUUGAAUUAAAGUUUGAUCGAGUCUAACCCUUAAGUAGUGAUGUUUAUUAUCAGACCAAAUUCGACCCUAAAUUGAGCUUUGUGAAGAACUGAUAACAGUUUGCUUUCUCGAUUUGUAAUGAUUCAUUUAAUUUUUCGAUGUGAACUAUAUUUGGUUAUCUCCUUCUUUUGUUUAUUUUUUAUUGGAACUUAAUCAUUUAUUUUAUUAUUUUUUUGUCGGAACUUUUUCAUUUAUUUUAUUAUUUUUUCAUCGAACGUUAUCAUUUAUUUUAAUCAGCCUCUUCGUAGUUCUUUAUUUCUUUUCCUGCCUGACCAAAUUGAGAUAUUAACUUCUGAAGAAUUUGAAAAUCUUCUCUAAGAAUACGCGUUACUUCAACUUGCUCCAGAACUCCGAGGUCUCCGUGAGUUCAGACAUGUCAACCGGUGAAGGUCAGGGGUCAAGAGGUCAACAGAAGGUCACAGAGGGUUCAUCUGGUCAAGAUUUGAUAGAGGGAAUGUGUUCUAUUCCUGAGUUUUAUGAUGGAACUUCCGUUUUCAUGACUGGUGUCACAGGAUUCAUUGGGAAGUCGGUGUUGGAGAAGCUUCUGAGAGCAUGCAGUGGGGUCGACAAGAUAUUUGUGCUUAUUCGGAGCAAGAGGGGGGUGAAUCCGUCUGACAGAAUCAAAGAACUAUUCGAGAGCAAGUUAUUCGAAAAGGUGAAGAAGGAGUUGGGCACUGAGGUGUGUCUUGAGAAGGUGUUUCCUAUCUGUGGGGACAUGGCAGAACCCAAUCUGGGCAUCUCAUCCGAGAACGAGUACCUCUUGUCUCAGUCUAACAUCAGUGUCGUCAUUCACUCUGCAGCCACAAUCAAGUUCAACGAGGCGCUCAGAACAGCGCUGACCGUGAACACUCUUGGCACCCUGAAGGUCAUCAGACUGAGUCGGAAGUUUCCCAAUCUGAAGACACUUGUUCACGUGUCCACUGCUUAUUCCAACUGUGACCUCAGCUACAUCAGGGAAUAUGUGUACCAGUCCCAGUUCAACCCUCACAAGGUCAUCGAGGCAGUCGACUGGGUUCCAGACAAAGCUUUAGAGUUGAUGACGCCAGUGCUGAUGGGAAAUAAGCCGAACACGUACACAUUCACAAAACAGCUGGCCGAAAACUUACUCGUGGAAGAGAACAAAAUGCGCGAACUGCCUUACGUCAUAGUCCGGCCGACGAUUGUGGGCGCGACGUGGAAGGAACCUUUCAAGGGCUGGAUUGACAACUACAGUGGUGCUUCGGGCUUGUUCGUUGCGUGCGGCAUGGGUCUGCUGCGGACGAUGAUGGCCAAUCCAGAUGCAAUAGCGAACUUAGUGCCAGUGGACAUAGUCUCUGACGUCAUCAUUGCAGCGCCAUGGUUCAGAGCCAUGAGAAUCCUUGAGUCUUCUGCGAGCAAAACGAGCCCUAGAAAAACUGCCGACGACUCAUCAUAUCCUAGCGACCCAAACUAUGCCACCGAAACAACGACAGAUAAAACUACAGCAGAUGAAAACUUCGUGAUCAACUGUGAGUCGGGGCACAUUGACAAGCCACUGGUGUGGGACAGAGUUCCCAGACUCAUUGAGAAGUACUACUGUGCUCAUCCAUAUGCGAAGGCUGUGAGGUACCCGAGGAUGCGAGUCACAGACAACCAACUGAAGAACCGGAUUCAAACUGCUCUGUGUCACAACUCUGUGGCAGUCCUUCUCGACCUCCUUCUGAGAUGCACGGGACAGAAACCAAAGGUAUGUGCAAUGUACGUGAAGCUGCAUCGGUCUCUUGAGUCGCUCGAAUUCUUCACUUCUCACUACUGGACCUGGGAGGUCAAGAACCUCCACGACCUGGACUUGAUGCUGGAGAAGUUCCGGAGAUCCAGAGGAGAUGUCUCGAAGCAGAACUGGGCGCAUCAGUGGAACAUUUCGAUGCAGGGUCUGGACUGGGAAAAAUACGUGGAGUUGUACUGCAUCGGAACCAAGAAGUUCGUGAUGAAAGAUGACAUGAGUAAGAUGCAGCAAGCGAGGAGCAGAAUGCAGAAGUUGAAGCUAAUUAACUACCUGUUGGGAUCAUUUGCUGGUCUGGUAGCUGCCAAAUUAACCCACUUGAUUGUAAAACUAUUCAUCAGAGUAGCCAGAUACAUUCAGUCCAGUGACAUCGGCGCCGCUCUGAAACGAGUUGAGAAGAUGAUUCAAUAUUCCAAAUCGAAGAUUUUGUAAUCACAACCAACAAAACCAAAUAAGCUAAAUUAUUUCGGAUUAAGUUUGAUUUAAUAUUCAUAUUUAAGUAAUUUUCAGCCAAUUGAAA